AUGAGUCACUUUUCUUCUUUAAAAAAUUCCAUGAGGAUUUGUUUCUUGAAGAGAGGAAGAGAGACUAAUGGGAAAGUUUGUAGGCGUCAGGGCCUCGGCUAUGGGCUCUUCAUCUGCUUGCUGCUCUGGGAGGCAGGCGCUGUCCUAAUCCCAGCCCCCCUGGAAGGGUGGGAACCCCCACUUGUGGCGGAAUGUCUGGGGGCUCAGCUCGUGGUCACUGCCAGCAAAGAUCUUUUUGGCACUGGGAAGCUCACCCUGGGCCCUGGGGACUGUGAGCCCUGGUCUCGAUGGACACGUGAUGUGGUCAGGUUUGAGGUUGGGCUCCAUGAGUGUGGCAACAGCCUGCAGUGCCUCGUGGCUGGCCUCUCCGAAUCUCCAUCUGCUUCCAAAGCACGCAGACCGGGGCCAGAGCCUCUCCGGUUCACAGCGGACGUGUUCCCCUUUGCUCAGGACUCCAGAAACACGAUGUCUGUCACCUGCCAUCUGAAGGUCAUGUCGGCUUACCGAGUCCCAGACCAACUAAACAAAGCCUGCUCCUUCAGCAAGUCCUCCAACAUGUCCCCGGCAGAAGGUGCUGCUGUAUGUCACCGCUGUAACAGGGGUAGCUCUUACAGGUCGUUCCAGGAGACUGGGGGGACAGUGGCCAGAGUCUGCUUCCGCAGUCGCAGGCAUGCGACAGAGGCGGCAGAUGUCACAGUGGGGCCACUCAUUUUCCUGGGAAAGGCUGGUGACCGUGGUGUGGAGUGGUCGACCUCCUCUCUCACCUCUGUGAUGAUGGGGUUAGGCCUGGUAAUGGUGGUAUCCUUAACUCUGCCACCAUUGUCCUGGGUGGGUCUUGCCAUGUAA